AUGUCGCGACAACACAAGAGCGAUAAGGACAUGGAAGCCCAGCACCUCAUCCGACCCCUCGAGAAAACCACCCAAACCACCAUAUCAGAGAAAGGCGGACCACCCAUUCUCUCACCACGCCUAGACUCCGAAUACAGCGUCCCGGCUACGACGAAGUUCGCGUAUCUGAGCGUGUACUUCCUGUGCAACGUCGGUUUGACGAUUUAUAACAAAGCUGUGCUUGGCAAGUUCUCAUACCCAUGGCUCCUCACCGCGCUCCAUACCGGCAGCGCGAGUAUCGGCUGCUACGUCCUGCUCUUGCGCGGCGAUUUCAGUUUGAGUAAAUUGAGUUCGCGGGAGCAUGUUACGUUGAUUUUGUUUUCGUUUUUGUUUACGAUUAAUAUUGCCAUUUCAAAUGUUUCGCUAGCCAUGGUAUCAAUGCCAUUCCAUCAGAUCAUGCGGUCCACGACGCCGAUCUUCACGAUCUUAAUCUAUAGGGUGCGGUUCGGGCGGUCGUAUUCAACGAAGGUGUACUUGUCACUGAUCCCCAUCGUGCUGGGUGUCGGGUUAGCGACGUAUGGGGACUAUUAUUUUACGAUGAUUGGGUUCAUCCUUACACUUCUAGGCGUGGUACUCGCUGCCGUUAAAACCGUAGUAACAAACCGCAUAAUGACCGGCCCGCUCGCCCUCUCGCCCCUCGAGAUCCUGUUCCGCAUGUCACCCCUCGCGUUCAUCCAAGCACUAACGUACUCCCACCUCUCCGGCGAACUCGCCUCCUUCUCCGACUGCUUCACCUCUUCUCUCCCCCUCAUUCCCAUCUCAACUUCCAGUUCCACCGCCAACCCAACGCUCCCCCUCCCAUCGCAAAACCUCCUCCUCGCCCUCCUAGGCAACGGUCUCCUGGCCUUCAUCCUAAACAUCUCCUCCUUCUCGACAAACAAAAACACCGGCGCCCUCACGAUGACGGUCUGCGGGAACGUGAAACAGUGCCUGACAAUCGCGCUGGGUAUCGUCAUUUUUGGCGUGCAGGUUAGUGUGCUGAAUGGGGUGGGCAUGGCGGUUACGUUGGGGGGCGCGGCGUGGUAUAGUUUUGUUGAGUUGAGGGGAAGGGGGAAGCGGUAGGGCUUUAGGUUUGGCUUUGAGGUAGUUUGAAUGAAAUGUGUUCAUGUUCUCCUGGUAAAAUCUAUCUUGAUUCUAAA